GCUCCUGGCUAACCCAUUUGCACCGGGACUCAGACUUCUCUCCUCCUGGCUAGGCUUUUGAACCUAUCGCCAAUCCAGCACCUCGGAGAAAAGGAAGUGCAGUGAGACUGGAAGGUUGCAUGGUGCCUGCCCCCAGUUAGAUGCUCCUCAGAUAAUCUGCAACCAACUUGGUUUAUAAAAUAUUUAGUAAAGACCCGGUAAACAUCACUGCAAAUACAUUAAGGCACUUCAGCCUGACAGCUUAUGAUUAUUUCAAAACUUCAAAAGGAGAUCAUAGAUUGUCACUGUUUCUAUGCUCCACCAAGAAACCGAACCUUCCCGAGGUGGGUGGAUGGGUGGGUGAGUCGCUGCUUUUCGUCCCCACUUCUCCCCCCUCCUCCAGCUCAUCACUGUGGCUCUCAGCAGCAGGGACUUAUUUAUGUAUAUAGUUUAAAAGGUGGGGGAUGGGGGUGAGGGCACCAAGGACACGCAGGACCUGCUCACAAAGCACCCACUCAGGUGUUGUGUGCUUCUGUAUUAACUGGAAAAGACAGACUCUGGAACUUUUACAGGGCGAGAAGAGGCCACCGGCUCGCGCUUUGUAUACUUUGCACUUGAAAUCGUUACAUUCAACUGAAUAUUUGGCUCAUUCAGAUCCGAAAAGUCUCCUAGCAUCAUCGAAUUUCCUCCUCCGCCCCUCGGCUCUAAAGGGGGGAAGAGGGGGGAAGGUAGGAAAUGUUUAGUAAAUUGCACAUCUUUGAAUCUUCCUAAAGCAGUGGUCACAAAGCUUAAAGGUGACACAACAGUGCUCACGUAAACCAACACACAUCCCCCACCCCCCAAGCCAACAAUAAAAUCAUCCCCUUAAAUUUGCCAUGAUCGUCGCGACCAGGAGCCAGGUGAUUAUCCUAAUUAAUGUCUAUCUAAUUAAAUUACUGUCAGCAGUUAACCAAUGGCAGGAGCCGUUUCAUCGGCUGCACAAGCAGCAAGAUCAAAAGUGAGCCUUUUCUGAUUGCUGCAUAGUGUCAAUUGGCCAAUCUCUUCUCCCAGGGAAAAAAAAAAGUAAAUCAAACCUUUGAGAAGCAUUUGCUGGUUGAAGUGCUUUCUGUCUAGUGAGGGGGUCUGUGGAUUUCUAGUUUAUGAUAAAUAGGACUUUAAAAACGAGGGACGGGAGGGCAAGUGUUCAGGUUCUAGAGCUAUGCAGCUGGAGCAUUGCCUUUCUCCUUCUAUCAUGCUCUCCAAGAAAUUUCUCAAUGUGAGCAGCAGCUACCCACAUUCAGGCGGAUCUGAGCUUGUCUUGCACGAUCAUCCCAUUAUCUCGACCACUGACAACCUGGAGAGAAGUUCACCUUUGAAAAAAAUUACCAGGGGGAUGACGAAUCAGUCAGAUACAGACAAUUUUCCUGACUCCAAGGACUCACCAGGGGACGUCCAGAGAAGUAAACUCUCUCCUGUCUUGGACGGGGUCUCUGAGCUUCGUCACAGUUUCGAUGGCUCUGCUGCAGAUCGCUACCUCCUAUCUCAGUCCAGCCAGCCACAGUCUGCGGCCACUGCUCCCAGUGCCAUGUUCCCGUACCCCGGCCAGCACGGACCGGCGCACCCCGCCUUCUCCAUCGGCAGCCCCAGCCGCUACAUGGCCCACCACCCGGUCAUCACCAACGGAGCAUACAACAGCCUCCUGUCCAACUCAUCACCGCAGGGCUACCCCACCGCGGGCUACCCCUACCCACAGCAAUACGGCCACUCCUACCAAGGAGCCCCGUUCUACCAGUUCUCCUCCACUCAGCCGGGGUUGGUACCCGGCAAGGCACAGGUGUACCUGUGCAACAGGCCCCUUUGGCUGAAAUUUCACCGGCACCAAACGGAGAUGAUCAUCACCAAACAGGGAAGGCGCAUGUUUCCUUUUUUAAGUUUUAACAUUUCUGGUCUCGAUCCCACGGCUCAUUACAAUAUUUUUGUGGAUGUGAUUUUGGCGGAUCCCAAUCACUGGAGGUUUCAAGGAGGCAAAUGGGUUCCUUGCGGCAAAGCGGACACCAAUGUGCAAGGAAAUCGGGUCUAUAUGCAUCCAGAUUCCCCGAACACUGGGGCUCAUUGGAUGCGCCAAGAAAUCUCUUUUGGAAAAUUAAAACUAACGAACAACAAAGGAGCUUCAAACAACAAUGGGCAGAUGGUGGUUUUACAGUCCUUGCACAAGUACCAGCCCCGCCUGCAUGUGGUGGAAGUGAACGAGGACGGCACGGAGGACACCAGCCAGCCUGGUCGCGUGCAAACAUUCACUUUUCCCGAGACCCAGUUCAUCGCGGUCACCGCCUACCAAAACACCGAUAUUACACAACUGAAAAUAGAUCACAACCCCUUUGCAAAAGGAUUUCGGGAUAAUUAUGACACGAUCUACACGGGCUGCGACAUGGACCGCCUGACCCCGUCGCCCAACGACUCUCCGCGCUCGCAGAUUGUGCCCGGCGCUCGCUACGCCAUGGCCGGCUCUUUCCUGCAGGACCAGUUCGUGAGCAACUACGCCAAGGCCCGUUUCCACCCGGGUGCAGGCGCGGGCCCUGGGCCGGGGACGGACCGCAGCGUGCCGCACACCAAUGGGUUGCUGUCCCCGCAGCAGGCCGAGGACCCCGGCGCGCCAUCGCCGCAGCGCUGGUUUGUGACGCCAGCAAACAACCGGCUAGACUUCGCGGCCUCGGCCUACGACACCGCCACGGACUUCGCGGGUAACGCGGCCACGCUGCUCUCUUACGCGGCGGCGGGCGUGAAGGCGUUGCCACUACAGGCAGCCGGCUGCACCGGCCGCCCGCUCGGCUACUACGCCGACCCGUCGGGCUGGGGCGCACGCAGCCCCCCGCAGUACUGCGGCGCCAAAUCGGGCUCUGUGCUGCCCUGCUGGCCCAACAGCGCCGCGGCUGCCGCGCGCAUGGCGGGAGCCAACCCUUACCUGGGCGAGGAGGCCGAGGGCCUGGCCGCAGAGCGCUCGCCGCUUCCGCCCGGGACCGCCGAGGACGCCAAGCCCAAGGACCUGUCCGACUCCAGCUGGAUCGAGACGCCCUCCUCCAUCAAGUCCAUCGAUUCGAGCGACUCGGGGAUUUACGAGCAGGCCAAGAGGAGGCGGAUUUCGCCAGCAGACACGCCGGUGUCCGAAAGCUCGUCCCCACUCAAGAGCGAGGUGCUGGCCCAGCGGGACUGCGAGAAGAACUGCGCCAAGGACAUAGGCGGCUACUAUGGCUUCUACUCGCACAGCUAGGCCGUCCCUGCCUGCUUAGGGCCCGCGCGCCGCCGCGGCCCUACCCCCCAGCCAGCCCCUCACAGCUCUUCCCCAGUUCCUCUUUCCCAGGCCCUACUUUGAGUGCCCUCUCAUUUUACUGACCCUCGAUGACCGUCUGCAGCGAAUAAGUGCAGGUCUCCCACUAUGAUUUAACCCUACCCCCACUUUUUUUUGCACAGCCGUCUCUGCAAUUAGAGCACCGACCUUCAACUUUGCUGUAAACCUUUUGGUUUUCCAACUUCAUCUCCUUCUAUGAAGUUAUCCUUCUAAUAAUCCUCCUCCCCUUCGUCUCUCUCUCACCUCCUCCUUCUUUUUCUUGUAAUGAAACUCUUCACCUUUAGGAGACCUGGGCAAUCCAGUCAGGCAGAAUCGAUUCCGACUCGCCGUGUCUCGGCCUCCCCAUUAACCAUAGGAUGUUGACUCUAGAACCUGGACCCACCCAGCGCGUCCUUUCUUAUCCCCGAGUGGAUGGAUGGAUGGAUGGAUGGUAGGGAUGUUAAUAAUUGUAGUGGAACAAAGCCUGUGAAAUGAUUGUACAUAGUGUUAAUUUAUUGUAACGAAUGGCUAGUUUUUAUUCUCAUCGUCAAGGCACAAAACCAGUUCAUGCUUAACCUUUUUAUUUCCGUUUCCUUCCUUUUCCUUUUCUUCUCUCAUUCUUCCUUUCUCUCUUUUCUAUUUUCUUGUGAGGUAAUUAAAAACAUUCUAAGAGGCUCUGGAAACAAUGAAAUACUUGAUAGUCAUGGGUUUCUCACUUCUCCUCAAUUCGUUGCAUGAAAUAAUUACUAUGUGCCCUAAUGCACACAAAUAGCUAAGGAGAAUCUGCCCAAACACCUGUAAAGGAUAGGUGUCUGUUCAUAGGCAAGUAGAUUAAGUGGCAUGAUGCCUGCAAAGCAAAGUUAACUGGAGUUGUGUUUUCCUCCCUUCCUUCUAAAUAGAAUAGCUCGAUAUCAGCAAUAUUAUUUUGCCUUAUUUGUUUUCCCCAAAGUGCCAAAUCCAUUACUGGUCUGUGCAGGUGCCAAAUAUGCUGACAAACUGUUUUUGAAUAUCUUUUCAGCCCCCCUCCACCUUUAUAUGCUGUAAAUCUUUGUAAUGAAUACUCUACUAAUGAUAUAGAUGACUGAAUUGUUGGUAACUAUAGUGUAGUCUAGUGAAGAUGAAUUGUGUGAGUUGUAUAUUUUAUUGCAUUUUAGUUUUGAAAAUGAUUCCCCUUGCCACUUAGAAACAGCUGAAAUUUGACUUCCUUGGGAAAACACUAGCAUAAUGCAAAUAAGACUGAUUUCCCCCCUCUAAGUCUUGUUAUAUUUGAUAAGGAACAUUAAUCCCCCUGGAAAUAGAUUAGUAAGAUUUCUAAUGUUGUGUAGCAAACCUAUACUUUUUUUUUGUAUUUUAAAAUUAAUGUGAAAUAUGCAUCAUACACAAUAUUCAAUCUAGAUUCCAGUCCAUGGGGGGAUUUUUUCCUAAUAGGAAUUCAGGGUCUAAACGUGUGUAUAUUUUGGCUCUUCUGUAAAUCAAAUGUUGUGAUUUUUAUAUUUGUUUCGUUUUGUCUGUGAACUGAAUAAUUUAUACAAGUACACACUCCAUUGAGAAACGUUUUGUUUUUUGCUCGUUUGUAUCGUCUGUGUAUACAAGUAAAAUAAACCUGGUAAAACGCUAA